AUGACACUAAACGCGAAAAUCACAAUGACGAAAUCUUGUUUGGGUAAUCUAUCUUAUGCAUUUCUUCUUCUGACUUUCUCCACUUUUGCUGUGGCAGAAAACGCAGGUCCUGCAAUCCGCGCCUCUUUCCAUAAAUGCCUCACACAGAACACAAAAACCGCUUCAGAGGAACUCUCCAAGAUAAUCUUCGACCAAAGCAACUCCAACUUCAACACCGUCUUCCAAAACCUCGCCAGAAACAAGCGUUACAUGAUCUCAAAGACACCAAAGCCGCUACUCAUCUUCACUCCUCUUGAAGAAUCGCACGUCCAGGGCGCUGUAAUCUGCGCCAAAACACACAAACUUCAAAUCAGAGUCCGAAGCGGUGGCCAUGAUUACGAGGGUGUCUCCUACAUCUCCAAGGAACCCUUUAUGAUCCUCGAUAUGUUCAAUCUUCACACAGUCACGGUGGACGUAAAAAACGAGAAGGCUGUGGUCCAAGUUGGUGCGACGUUGGGAGAGGUUUAUUAUAGGAUCUGGGAGAAGAGUAAAGUUCAUGGCUUCCCAGCAGGGGUGUGUCCCACUGUCGGCGCCGGGGGCCAUAUAAGUGGAGGAGGGUACGGUAACAUGUUGAGAAAAUAUGGUUUAUCUGUUGACAAUGUUAUUGACGCUCAAAUUGUGGAUGUCACAGGAAAUCUUCUAAACAGAAAAUCCAUGGGGGAGGAUCUGUUUUGGGCUAUUAGAGGAGGUGGAGGAGCGAGUUUUGGCGUCAUAGUGUCGUUUACUAUAAAGCUAGUUCCCGUGCCUGAGAAGGUUACCGUUUUCAGCGUUGAGAAGACUUUGGAAACGAAUUUGAGUGAGACUGAGUUUGUGGAGCAGUGGCAGCAGGUGGCGCCAACAACCGAUGACAGGCUUUUCAUGAGGCUCUUAUUGCAGCCAGUGACUUCCAAGGUUGUGAAGGGAAUGAAAACGGUUAAAACAACGGUUAUGGCCUUGUUUCUAGGAGGGGCUGAUGAAGUUGUAUCAAUUUUGAAGAAGGAGUUUCCGCUUCUUGGAUUGACAAAGGAGAAUUGUACUGAAGCGAGUUGGAUUGAUUCUGUUCUGUGGUGGAACAAUGUAGAGAGUUUGAAAAAAGGUGAGAAACCGGAGACCCUAUUGAACCGGAAUCUAAACUCUGCUAGCUUUCUGAAAAGAAAAUCCGAUUACGUUCAGAAAGCCAUUCCAAAAGAUGGGUUGGAGGAGAUAUUUAAAAGCAUGGCUGAGUUGGGAGACAUCGGGUUUGUGUUCAACCCUUAUGGAGGGAAAAUGGGAGAGAUUUCUUCUGAUGCGACGCCCUUUCCUCACCGUAAGGGGAACCUCUUCAAGGUUCAGUAUUCUGUGAACUGGAAUGAUCCUACAACUGAGGCUGCUCAGAAAUUCACGAACGAUGCCAAGAGGCUGUACAGUGUGAUGACUCCUUAUGUGUCUAAGAAUCCCAGAGGUGCUUUUUUGGCCUAUAGAGACCUUGAUAUCGGGGUCAACAACUUUGGUAGCAAUAGCUUCGAAGAAGGAAAGGUUUAUGGAACGAAGUACUUCAAUGCCAAUUUUGAUAGGCUCGUGGAUAUUAAGACCAAUGUCGAUCCCGAUAACUUUUUCCGGAAUGAUCAGGGUAUUCCAGUGCGUCCAACCAAGUCCUAA